AUUUCUAUUACGACCUUUACUCCCUCAAAAAUUUGCAUUGUCUGAAUAAUGGGUGGAAGUGGAACAGCUGGAAACUCCCCCUGCGCUUCAUGCAAGUUGCUCAGGCGGCGCUGCGCCAAAGACUGCGUGUUUGCUCCUCAUUUCCCCUCCGAUCACCCUCACAAGUUUGCCAUUGUUCACAAGGUUUUUGGUGCAAGCAACAUUAGCAAAAUGUUGCAGGAACUGCCGUUGCCUCAAAGAGCAGACGCAGUUAGCAGCCUAGUGUACGAGGCGACUGCUAGAGUGAGAGAUCCGGUUUAUGGCUGCACGGGAGCCAUAUCGUACCUCCAAAGCCAAGUCGCUCAGCUACAAAUGCAGCUCGCUUUGGCUCAGGCAGAAAUACUCUGCAAUCAAAUACGACAAGAUCAACAGCUCUUGCCAAACACUUUGCAGUAUCUUAACGAGACGGCCACCCAAAACAACCAUAUGCCUCAAUUCCACAAUUUUACCUCGUUUGAUAACAAAAAUGUCAUUUGUUCCGACUCUUUCAAGAAAGAUUCUGUGUACGGAUGUGAUUUGGUGUCUUAAUUGAUUGAAGAAUCAAUUAAUGAUGUUUUAAUCAUUAUUGUCAUAUUGUUUUCUUAUUAAAUAUGACUCGUAACUGGUAGGGAUGAGUAUUGAAUCAGAUCUAGUUGAGUUUGGAUAGAUUGAGUUAUAUCCUGAUCAAAUGAAUACUUUAUGAUUGUUUUGAUUCGAUAAAUU